CAUUUGAAAGCAUUUAAUGUUUAAUAAACUGCCACAAUAUAAUGCUGCUAUCUCGUAUUUAUCCAUGUAUUUUAAUCGUAUUAUUAUAAAGGAUAGAUAUGAUAUUUUAAACUUCUUUAUCGACUGUGCAGCCGCGGGCUAAAUCCAGCACGUGGGGACCCCUUUCGGUCCCCCGAAGCGUGCCCGAAGGGUCUUGCGUGAUUCGCGCAAAGCACGGAAAGCAAAGCAACCAUUUCGAUUCAGGAUGGAACUGUAGUGCCGGGACCCACUCUGAGGCCUGGUAGGCAAGUCGGCACGGAUGGCUGGCUGGCUUGCUUGGAGGAGUUGCAGGAGAGUGCCAUGGUAGAGGGGCUUCCCUGGCUGCUGCUGCUUGCGGGCACAAACCGCGCUACCGCCGUCAGCAGGCAGUCUUAUUACGCCCGCACUCAACUACGCGAACUAAGUACUCUUCUUAGGCCGGAAACAUAAUAAAUAAUUAUUACGAGCCUAAUAUAACGCGUGAUUUCGGGCUAUAUAUCGAAUGGUGUUCGUUUUACGCUAAAAAUUACGAAUCUUGUACAUCUCGAAAGAUACAAGACUGUUUUUUGCAUGUUCGAUCCAACGUUCGGUUCCAGCGGGGAUUCGCAUUUUUAAGUCGACAAAAUCGAUCUCGAAAUCAGUUAGAGAAUCGAGCCGAAAGACGGCGAAGAAGUUCUCGAGUUCGAUUGGUCGGCAAGGACCUGUUGCCUGGUCAGAGGUAGCCACGCUGAAUCGAACGUUAUUUUAUAUUGAUUGUGACGUAGUGACGUAUACGAAGAUAUGAUCAGUGUGAAGCCUCCUUAAUAGCAAGGAACAUGUGCAACUACAGAAUAGUGGCGAAGCCGAUGUUGCCGGGGCACGAGCUACACUGUGACCACUCUGUUCUCGACGAACCCUGACCGAUUCCACCACUUGGUUUCACCAGCUGACUGUCGACCGGGACUGAAAACACGUUGUGGUGAAUGCGCUCGUUUAAAUAUUCGUAUGGUUGAAUCGUGAGACGCGCGCGGUAAAGAGAAAUCGAUUUAACGUUUAAGUGUUGUUUCGAGUUAAUACGUACGGUGUAUAGACCGAGUUUCUUUCAGAAGUAGCGGUGUGUUCGUAAAAUUACACGUUUUCACGUACAUUCGGUACGCUAUGAACAUCAACGUUCUUGAAUGUAACGGGUGGUUCACAAGUAGACGCUCUGCUAAAAACUGAGCAGGAUGUUCGCCAGGCUGUGCAGACAGGUCCCGAACGGGGAUCUGAAGAGGCGACACUCGUGGAGCAGUGAGAUCGACUAUCAGCCGGCGGAAACGGAAGCCGUAGCGACACCGGGAGGAGAUCCCGCUGCCCCGUCCUCGGACGACGAGGACAGAGUCUCGGAGUACAAGGAACAUGGGUGUUCGGUGCAGACGGUGGACCUGGUGGCGGACUGUCCUUUGCAGGUAGUGACGCCUUCAUCGAGGUCCCCGUCACCGCCCAGAUCGCCGACGCCCGCGACGCCCUCGACGCCCCUCGCACCCCCGAGGAGCAUGGGUCAACGGCCAAGCACCCUGUUGCGCCCCAAAAUCUCUUUGACCUGGGUCCUUCGUGGGCAACAGCAACCUGCAUCCAGCAACAGUCAUUCGACCACCAAUGGGAAUGCAGGUGGGAACGGCGAUCGAGAGGGCUUGUCACGAGAUGGUAAAGAAAGAUCCUCGAAGAGGAGUGUGAAAAGUGUGAAGGAAAAAGACAACGGUAAGGAGAAUGUCGAAACAGAAAAACGAGAGAAGAAGGUUCUGCAUAGAAUAGAGAAGAUCGAAAGGACGGAGAAGGUAGAAGUUCAGGAAAAGUCAAUUAGCAAAGAAAUACUGGUCAAUGAAAGAUCGCUGGACAGUCCUUUAGAGAAACAAUCUGAAAAAGAAUUUUCAGGGCUAAAGGAGGCGAAGGAGAAAGAGAAAGUUAAGAGGGCAGUGUCCGAGCCGUCUCUCGUGUCACGUGAGUCAACGUCCACGCCUAGUGGUCGGGAGAAGCACAGACAUCGAAGAACCAAACGAUCCCACAAACCCAGACCGCCAAGUAGAUUUGGUUAUGAAAUUGCAGACCUUGAUGCAUACCUUACCAAAGCCUCGAUAGAAAAACCUGCAAACAUUCCUGUUGUUCUUUCGUUUCCAUCUGUCCUGUAUCAAACCCAAGGUGGUACUCAAGACGAGAUGGCUCUCCCUCUUGGUACAGUUGUGAAUGCUGUAUUCAAGAAUCAAACUUGGUUAUACGUUCAAACUCCACAUGGUCAAGAAGGGUACGUCGGGUAUGCAGCUUGCUUACCAUUAGGAAUAUUACCACAACCAACAAGAGGACCAUGUUGGGAAGACUCUACAGACGUAUUUCCUCGUCCCUUAGGAAACAUGACCGAUACGGAAAAACUAAGGGAUACUAGGUCAGAGUGUGGUGCUCGAGGUAGAAAUCCAAGAGUAAGACGUAGUUCUAGAGACGCAGUAUCAGCCUGCGGGGAACGUAGUGUUGACAGAUUGUAUCUCAGAGCAGCAGCGAAUGCUAGAACCAAAGGAUCUCGACAUACUUUACUCGUUAUACGUAGCGAUUAUGAGGGUCAAGGUGGAAACGCUCUUAGUGUCUCCAAAGGCGAUGUUGUUGCAUUACUUAGCGAUCAUGUUAGUGAUUGGUUCUGGGUUCGUUCGCGAGAUGGUAGAGAGGGCUUUAUACCUGCGGUGAUUGCAGGUCAUGGCUUUCUGUGACUGUUAUACUACUAUAAUUUGUUUGAAAUUAGUUGAUCCUUUUAAAACUAUACAAAAAUAAAUCAUCACCAUAUUGUUUACUAUUCCAUUAUUUAUGAGUUCACUUUUUAUUUCGUUUAAGUAUAUCUUACAAGCUAAAAGAAGAAAUUUAGUUUCAAGUAGCCAAAUAAUUUCAAACAAAUGUUAAUUGUAUUUUAUCACAUCUCAUAAAUGUUCUAUUAGGCGAAUAUACUGCAAACAGAAAACGACUAUACAAAAACAUCGUAACUAACAAACACUUGUAUAUUUGUAAAAAGUUUUAUAUCAUAUUUUAUAAAAUGCAUAUUGUAUUAAUAUAUUUAUUAAAAAAUA